AUGUUUAAUAUCAUGAGAUGUGUAGAUUAUUGUUGUAUCAUCCGUUAUUAUCCAGUCGUGAAACACUAUAUGUCUCAGGGCUACUAUCAGUGGUAUCCAUGGAUGAAACACUAUAUGUCUCAGGGCUACUAUCAGUGGUAUCCAUGGAUGAAACACUAUAUGUCUCAGGGCUACUAUCAGUGGUAUCCAUGGAUGAAACACUAUAUGUCUCAGGGCUACUAUCAGUGGUAUCCAUGGAUGAAACACUAUAUGUCUCAGGGCUACUAUCAGUGGUAUCCAUGGAUGAAACACUAUAUGUCUCAGGGCUACUAUCAGUGGUAUCUAACAAUGAAAGUCUUGAUGGUAAAGGCAUACUAUUAG